GGAUGCUAUUGUUAGCAUCAGUAUGCUAGCAGAGACAAGUGUUGUCACAGGGAUUAAUGAACUCCCUUUUUUAAUUGUAAUACUUGGAUUGAGACUCAGUCAUGUCUCAGGUGGAGAAGAAGGCUGGGCUGCUGAGGAGGACGUCGUCCUCUAAGAAACCCUUGAAAGAGAAGGUGGUGCUGAUGUAUGAUGAGAUUUUUGCUAAAGAGGACCCGGCCAAGAACAACCCACGGUUCUGGGAUGAGCUGUUUCUUAUGAAGGUGAACCUGGAGUACCUGGAGACCAAGUUGGAGACUGUCGAUGGGGAGGAAGUUCAGAAGAUCCAGGAUAACAUCAACUCUCUGUUCCACCACUGUGUCCAGGCUCUGGGAGAGGAGCACCAGAUCAAAGUAGUCAAUGCCCUGCAGACCCUCUGUGCACUUUUUCGAGGGGUUCACCAGAAGAACAAGUCUGCGUCUGGCUUCGACAUCAUCAACAUGCUCAUGGGCUUCGACAAAGCUGAGCAGAGGAUGAAGGACCUGAUGGAGAGACUGGACAGCCUUCUUUGUGGAGAAGGCUCAGACAGUCUGAAGAGCCUUUGUCUCAAACUGCUGCUGUGUCUGGUGACGGUAACGGACAAUAUUAGUCAGAACACUAUACUGGAAUAUGUGAUGAUCAACAGCAUCUUUGAGGCCAUUCUACAGAUUCUGUCAGAUGUGUCCAGUAGAGGGCAGCAUGGUUAUGACGCUGUGGUCCUCCUGGCCCUGCUGGUCAACUACAGGAAAUAUGAGUCUGUGAAUCCAUACAUCGUGAAGCUCUCCAUUGUGGACGAUGAGCCAACACUGGAUGGAAUGGGUAUGGUGGUCCACCACGCUCUGACAGAAUAUAACAGGCAGUACAAAGACAAGGAGGAGGAGAACCAGGGUGGGUUCUUCUCCACCCUCACUAGUAUGGUGGGCAGCAUGUUUAUAGCCGACGCAGAUGAGAAACUCUCUGUACAGACCAAUGAGGCGAUUCUGCUGGCUCUCUAUGAGGCUGUGCACCUCAACCGCAACUUCAUCACUGUAUUGGCACAGAGCCACCCUGAGAUGGACAUCCCAACCACACCCACCACCCCCACCCCAACCACACCCACUACUCCACUGGGCACAACACCGCCAUCCUUAGACAUGAUGAACAACCCAGAGCUGCCUCUGGAUCCCAACCUGCAGACCAGCAACCUUCUCAUCACCUUCCUCAAGUACGCCUCCAUUGUAAUGCAGGACACUAAAGAUGAGCAUCGACUCAACAGUGCCAGACUGUGCCUCAUCAUCCUCACCUGCAUAGCCGAGGAUCAGUACGCUGAUGCCUUUCUUCAUGAUGACAACAUGAACUUCAGAGUCAAUCUCCACAGAAUGCCGAUGAGGCACAGAAAAAAAGCAGUUGACAAGAACAUCCCUUCACGCCCGCUGGUGUGUGCAGUUCUAGAUCUGAUGGUGGAGUUUAUUGUCACUCAUAUGAUGAAGGAUUUCCCAAUGGAUUUAUACUUGCGCUGUGUGCAGAUCAUCCACAAACUCCUGUGCUACCAGAAGAAGUGCAGAAUCCGAUUACACUACACCUGGAGAGAGCUCUGGUCAGUGUCUCCUCAUCAGGUGGUGAACCUGUUCAACAUGUUUAUAACGUACGGCGACACGUUCCUGCCCACCUCCAACAGCUACGACGAGCUGUACUAUGAAAUCGUACGAAUGCACCAGGUGUUCGACAACCUCUACUGUAUGGUUCUGAGAGUAUCAACCAACACGGGCCAGUGGAAAGAGCCAGCCAGUAAAGUCACGCAUGCCCUUGUCAACGUUCGGGCCAUCGUAAACCAUUUUAAUCCCAAGAUUGAGUCGUACGCUUCUGUGAACCACAUCUCCCAGCUCUCAGAAGAACAGGUGUUGGAGGUGGUUCGGUCCAACUACGACACACUGACGCUCAAACUGCAGGAUGGUUUAGACCAGUUUGAGAGAUACUCGGAGCAGCCCAAAGAGGCCGCCUUCUUCAAGGAGCUGGUGCGCUCCAUCAGUCUGAAUGUGAGGAAGAACGUCUCUCUGAACACGCUGAGUCAGGACGUCCUGCUUAAAGAGUUCUCCACCAUUUCAUGAGACUCAGACACACACACACACUGACACACACUGACACAUCCAGCAUCCUUCCCCCUCCAGAAAGACAUACCCAGUGCAUUUGUGUGCGCAUGGACAUGAACACAUAUUUUCACACAAACAAAACCAACAAGUAAGAAUGGUUCUUUCCCCGAUUUGUCUCGAGCCCUCACCUCCCUCAUGUCACAAUGGAAACAGACACUAACAGGCUGGAGGCACCCUAAGGAAGGACCUGAAAACUUUCCGGACUAGUUGAUAUGUGUGUGAUCAUUUAAAGGAAGUGCCCGUAUUGCACUGUUCCCUGUGUGCAAACUGCAGUAUUGGCUGGACUGUUAAGUGACACAUGAGAGUUUGGAUUUAACAGAAUUCAAGUAUUUUCAACCCAGGUGUUCAUCUCCAAAGGUUCUGAUAAUGUUGUAGGUAAUCCUGCUGUUUAAACGCAUAACAGUACAGAUUUAUGAUUUAUCUCUCCAGUAAUUAUUUCAGAGGACUUUGACUUUAAACUUUAUGUCAACCUGAGCCUCUUUCAGUUUGAACCCUGCUGUAAAUCCUCUUUCAUUUGAUCAUUAACUCUUUCUUUUUGGCUGAUGAUGGUUGUGGGAAUGUUAUUGUAAAUCUUUACAUGUUCGAAACAAAUGUACAAGUAUUUUGAAUUUACUUGUUUGCGAAACGGUAGAACUUUGAGCUAUAGUUAUCUUGAGAAUGCUCUGGAGUGAUGACAUUUUUUUUUAAUGUUGUGGCAAACCUAUUUCUUUUGAUCAAAGCCAUGACUAACAUUCACUACUGCACGCACACGAGUCACGGUCUCUUUCAGUUCAAUAAAUGUGUCUGAAUGUGUUGAGUUUGAAGGAAAACUGUUCAAUCAACGGUUAUGAUCCAUUGAAUUGAUUAUUGAUGGUGUGUCUUUAGCACAUUGAGUCAGUUUAGCCAGGAAACACAAUUAUUAUUGACUGGAAGCAGAUCUUAAUUAUGCAAUUUUCUUCAAGUGUAGGGUCUUGUUUCUUUCAUCUCUUAACUCCUGUAGGUUUAUUUAUGUUUCUUUUUUAAAUAAAAGUUUGUUUCCUAAUACUC